UCUUCCUCCUCCUCCUCCCCGCCCGCACGGCGCCACACGCGCAACAAGCCAAGAGCGUCGACAAUCACUCGUUCGACCAUGGCUCCCCUCUUCGCCACCACCCACGCGGCCCUCCUGCCCAUCUCCCCCGGCACCGCCUCCCCCGCCGCGCUCCUCCGCGCCGGCCGCCUCAGGAUCAGGCCCGCGCCGCGCCGCCGCGUCAUCCGUGCCGCUGCAUCCGGGAAACCCGAUCCCACGGUCGACGACGACGAGUGGGGAAGCGAGAACCCCGCCUCCGAACCGAGCCCCGUCGUCGCCGACGAGUGGGGCGAGCCGGGGGUGGCCGAGCCCGAGCAGCCCUCCGGCGCCGACGCUCCUACCAACGACGACGAGUGGGGUGGGGAGCCCACGCCCACGCCGCCCACUCCGGUUCCGGCUACUGCUGCGGAGGGGGAGGAUAAGGAUGAGGGGCGGGAGGACCUGAAGCGGUGCUUGGUGGACACGGUGUACGACUCCGGCCUGGGCCUCAAGGCGUCCUCGGAGGUCAGAGGGGAGGUCGUGGAGCUCGUUGCCCAGCUCGAGGCGGCAAAUCCCACGCCGGCGCCCGUCCAGGCACCGGACCUCGACGGAAACUGGAUCCUUCUGUAUACAGCAUACUCAGAGCUCUUACCUAUUCUACUGGCUGGGGCAACACCAUUCUCCAAAGUUGAGAAGAUAUCUCAAGAAAUUGACUCGAGAAGCAUGACCAUAGUUAACGCCUCUACUAUUUCGACCCCAUUUGCUUCAUUUUCAUUCAGUGCAACUGCUUCCUUCGAGGUUCAAAGUUCGUCAAGGAUAGAGGUCCAAUUUAAAGAGGGAAGCUUCCAGCCUCCGGAGAUAUCAUCAUCUGUAAAACUACCUGCACAAAUCGCCAUAUUUGGGCAGAAGAUCAGCUUGGGGCCAGUCCAGCAGCUGCUGAACCCUCUUCAGCAAGCCUUUGCUGGCAUCGCAGGGUCCAUCUCUGGGCAGCCACCCCUCAAGGUACCAAUUCCGGGCAACAACAGGGCUAAGUCCUGGCUUUUGACAACCUACCUGGACAAAGACCUGAGGAUAUCGAGAGGCGAUGGAGGCGGCUUGUUUGUUCUUGCCAAAGAGGGGAGCCCUUUACUAGAUUAACUGUACAUAUGUAACAGACGCCAUUAUUCAUAUAUAGGAGGCUCAAAAACACUGCUACAAGGCAAAAUUCUUCACCUCUCAUGAUACACAUUUUUCUGACGGUUUUGCAGAGUCCCAGUCACACCAGUACUGAAUCAAUUAGCCUUUUAUUGGACCUAUCUCCAUACACUCUUUUAUAAAUAUAUAGUUUGGUUUGUUUUA